AUGUAUACUCUUGGAGUUGGCAUAUGGCAGCGUUUGGUACGAAAAAGAAACUAUCAGGUUGUUAUUGUUGGGCUGGACAAUGCUGGAAAAACGACAUUUUUGGAACAAAUCAAAUCAAGGUUCAUUAGGAACUACCAAAUGCUGAAUCCUUUUAAAAUCACCAGCACAGUUGGUUUGAACGUCCUAGCUUUUCAAACUUCCCAUUUUAUGCUUGACAGUUUGACAUUUUUAAUUGGAUCAAUUGAAUUGGACUCUCUGCGACUUAAUUUUUGGGAUCUCGGAGGACAAGGAGAAUUGCAACCACUUUGGCUUAAAUAUUUCGAUGAUUCACAAGCAGUUAUAUUUGUGGUUGAUUCUUGUGACCAACGCCGAUUUCCGGAAGUUGGCGAAGCUUUCAAACUCAUAAUGAACAGUGAGGCAGUCCAAAAAAUGCCAGUUUUGGUGGCUUAUAAUAAAAGUGAUUUGGAAGAAUAUUCAGCAACGGAGGAAAUCAAAGUUUUAACAACAGAUGAUCGACACACAGGCGAUUUAGCUUUGAUACCAAUAUCAGCCCUACAAGGCCUCAACAUUGAACACUGCAUUCGAUGGCUUUGUACGGCACUGUCAAAGAAAGCGGAUGACAUCUUAUGA